GUUCAGAGAUUUUUCUCAGAAAGUUCAAUUUAUCACUACUAGAGGAAGCGACUCGUCAAUUUCCAUAUCGGGAAUCAUCUGAGAAAAGUUCUGCUGUGUAAACUACUGUAUAUGAUUAGCUAUCAUUUGUCGCGUAAGUUGAUUGACGUAAAAAUGCGAAAGAAUUCCGUUUCGCGCUUGAGGAAUUUGAAAUAGACGCGACGCGAAUGCCUUGACAUUUCCUCCGGGACCUAGCCUAAUCAGUGCGCGCGUGCGCUACGCGGAGUCAUGCCUGCACGAUAAUUUUUUAACCGUCGGCUCUGUCAAGAACCCUUCAAUGUGUACCAGGGCAGAAGUUUUUGACAGCUAAUCUCCGUGCAGUAAGAUUAAACGGCGAGCAAAAUCACUGUGCGCGGAUCAUUACCGUUCUCGGAACAAUGGCUGGCAUCGUAUCACUGUCUGGCAGAUCUGGUAGAAAACAAUGGACACUACACGAAGGACCAAGAGGAUCCCUCAGAAGAUUAAGGUCCCAACUGGCCGAGGACGGCUGUCCGGAGUCUCAAGUGGUCUUAGCCAAGAGACUACUGGAAGAGAGGUGUGACUUAGAUGUUGACAAAGAGGAGAAUGCGAAAUUGGGUGUGUACUGGUUGACGAAGGCUUCGGAGCAAGGAAAUUUGGAGGCAACGGAUAUCCUCAGGAAAUGCUUAGCCACCGGCCGUGGUAUCACUGAACACAAUUAUUACGACGUGAAAAGUUGUCUGGACAUGACUCAGGAUGAGAAACUGGCUAGGAGAGCGGCCAGAGAAAUGUUCAGCAGUCUGUCGAAUGGGGAAGACUUCAUCACGACGGAACAACUAGAGAGACGUAUGAGGGAUAUAGCUUCGAGUUCGUCUAACGCUGGUUGUUCCCGUUCUAACAAUGUGUUACACGAUAACACGCAAGAAGACGUAGACAACUUCCCGAGAAAUGGGCUUCCCGGAGACGGUGCAGCUAAGGGGGACGACAAGGAAAGCGAUGGCCACCACGGUUGGACGAACCGUCAGGGAGAGAAGAUCACGGAAGCGGCUCUUGUCUCAGCCGCCUCUAGUUACGCACGCGGUAUGCUUCCAAUAGUUUCACACGCUCUGUGCAUGGUCGAUCCAUCCCAGUUGGCGUUAGACACCAUACCGUUGCUGCAAAGGCCUUUCUUUCAUCCCCUCGCGUCGUUAAAACGCUUGUACAUUUGGCUAAUAGAAACAAUAGGUCAAAGGGGGACGUCGAUUAGAAAGAUACUUUUCACAUCGAACCUGCACAUACUGUUACUUCUUCUACUGUACGCGUUGCUCGGCACAGAGAGCCUAAUACUCUUUUUCCCGAUGGCACUGUAUUAUUUAUCCUUCAUCGUCAUGGUCGUCGCUACUUUUCAACUGCUACAACGAAAACGUGAGUUCAAUAAUUUCCGCGUGUGGUCCGGUCUGUUCCUCAAUUAUUCCGGCGGCAAUUUAAAUCCCGAGGAAGCGGAGUUCCAAUAUUACUAUAACAAUCUCAAGCCUUACGGCCACUUUUUCCUUGCCUUCCUUCUAAAUCUGAUGAUCUAUCCGGUGAUAGCUCAUCAGUGGACGCCUCAGUCUGAGUUUACUAUCAUAGCGGUUGCGCUCACGUUGAUAACGCUGUUGAACUUCAUGUGGAAGGACUCGUCCAAAGUUCCGGACCUCCUGGCCCUCUUUAGUUUCGGUGUCCACGUUCUAGCGAAAUAUCCAUACGAGACAGACAUCGUAGUCGCCCAGGGGUGGAGAUUCUUAGAUAUAAGAGUCCCGACGUUCGCCUCGUACGUCGUCGGCAACGGCAUCGAGUUCUGCUUGAACUUUCGCGUAGUCUUUUUCCUCUUGAUACCAGCGGUUUUCGUUAAAAUGGCAGCCCGGGAUAACUGGCGAGGGACUUAUAAAACUUUGAUCGCGCACUGCGUUACGCUGAGCUGGUGGCAAAUAGCGAUAUUCAGUUCCCAAGGCGCGACUUGGUACGGCUUGAUCAGAGGCGCUCUAGCGUUAGUUGGCAUGGUCCUCUUUCUACCUCUCGCCGGAUUAGCGUCUAUCGUUCUACCGAUCGUGGCUGCCACCAAGUACUUGUCGGAGAGCGACCUGGCUAUGAGGAUAGCUGUAACGAUGUUACUCGGUGGAAUGCCGUUUCUCGCAUCUUGGUACUUACGGAAAUCUCGGAUUCCUAAGUUCAACUGGAUUAUCACCGUCGUCCAGUUGAUCAUGGGAAUCGGUGCUGGGAUGUUCUUAUCGUGGCCGAUGAUAAUGGAAUACAAACGGGUAUCGGACACGUACGACAGUGUCUCGACUCUUUCAUGGGAACAAUAUCAGAACCAUUGUCACCAACCGGCGUGGGAAGAGCUGUCAUCGAAGGCACAGGUACAAGUUCAGUGCGCUGAUCUAGAGGGGAUAUCGGUUUCGUGGGAAGGAUACGUGACUAAUGUUAGAUUAAGAUCGAUAAAGAAUAACAUUGCCACGGUGCUUAACAAGCUACCUGAUACUAUCAGAAACAUAAUUAGUUGUAUGUACGGUGAACCGUAUUUGAACAAUUGCGUUUCGAGCGACGAGUCGAGGCAGAAGAAUUGCAAACAUUUCGCGAGCGUUCAAAAACGACGUAACAAGUGCCACUUCCCAGCGUGGAAUCAAUACGAAUUCGAGAUCGCGGUGAAAAUGAAAAGUGGCAUGUGGGGAAACAACGCGGAAGUCACACUGAUAGCUGACCAUUCACUGGCGAAUUUCAGUUUGAACAUAUACCCCGGUGACAAAAUUUGGUUCUCCGGUACGCUGCUUAACGACGGCUUGAACGGCGAGUCGUUGCUCGGUGGUUCGGAUCCUCACGUCGAAUUGGAAGAGGUCGGCUGCCUCGCUUGUCACUCGACCACCUUAAAAUCGUAUAAACGUUACAAGUAUCACUUGACAUUUAGCUCGAUUUUAAGCGAUCUUUGCCUAGGCGUAAAAACUGUAUUGAACUUGCUGUUGAACCCGAUCGUAAUGUUUAAAUAGUAAACGCACGGUUUCUCGCACGUUCAGAUAAAGUUGUUUGCAGCGAGAUAAAUUUCGUUAGCGCGUAUCUUGAACUCAUUUCCAAACUACGAGCGUGGAAGACUCGGUAACAGAGAAUAAGUGAAUUUAUAGCUUUCAUAUGCAGUAUUUCCCUCGAAAGGAAUCAUCAGCGUUUAGUUGUAGAAAGAAGAAUAGUGGUUUAGUUUUUUUUUUUUACUAUUAAAUUCGAAGCUACGGUUCACGCGGUAAUAAUAGAUUUUUAAACGUAUGUUUUGUAACUACACUCUCUGUCGAUAGGUAAAAGAAAAAAUUAUUUUUACGUUAUCCUCCCCGCCGCACCUCAGACACUUUGAACUUCAUUAACGAUUCAUCGAGUGUCCAAAUUGAAAGAUACACUUAUACACAUAUUUUAAGAUUGACAUAUUUUCAUAAGUAUUACUGCCAGUAAUAGAGAUAAAUGCGCUUAAUAUUUUUCUAUUCCGUUUACGGAAAAUCGAUGGAGGACCUUUUCGAUUUUACUUUGACUCGUUAGUAAAACACUACAUUAUUUUCCUUUUUAGUGCUAAACACUAAUGAAAAAUGUCAUUCGCAUCUGUCUAAUCAGUUACACUGACAUUCGAUUAGGAUUGUACGUACGAUACAACGAACACGACGCGUAAACAUGUAUGUACCUACGUUAUUCAUAUCUCGUUUCAUAGAGAAUCUACUCAAAGUUUAGAAUCUACGAAACUUCGCGAUAUUUCGAAAUUAAUUUAGUCAUUAAAUCUCUCUACGCAUAAAUGUCACGUGAAUACUGUGUGUACUAAUCGAAGAGAUAGCGAAGUAACGUGCACGUGUGUGUACGAACGCGUAGGAGUUAAAAAGAGGUGCUGCGUUGAAUCGGUGUUAAGUGUUUAGAAUUUAAAAAGAUAAACGAUUAGAAAAAAAGAAUUAUAACUGUCUAGGAAAGGCGACAGUAACCCUGUAUAUCAUAUCAGGACAAUAGUAAAAAGAUAUAUAUAUAUAUAUACACACAUAGCGGACACAAAAGACAAAUAUAGAUGUGCCUUGAUGUUUCUCUGUUCAAAGAAAUAUUAUUAUUUAUAAUAAAAAAUAUAUAUAUAUAUAUAUAUAUAUU